AUUCCCCGCUGCCGGGAAUUGAACACCAUCUAAGCGCCUCUUGGCCGGUGUAGUAUGCGAACAGAUUGUUCGUAUGAGUGCUGCAUCAUCUACUUACGAAAUGGUAGGCAACCAAGCAACCCCAGACUCAGACCCCGGAGCUCAGAGAGAAAGACUGCAAAAGCGGGUGGCGCUAGACCCACCGUGGGAAUUUCCCAAUCCAGCCCGAGUGCGAGGCCUCCCCGCCUCCACGAUAGCGUUGAUAGUGACCAGGCAAUAGGGGGGAUGUUGAGGAGUAAUUAAUUUUGAUACGAAAUUGGCCUUUAGAGUCACGGGG